AUGCACUACAAACUCCUCCUGACCAUUUCUCUCCUCCCCACUCUCUACGGAGCACCUGCACCUGCACCUGUCCCAGACGUAGCAAACGAUAAUCACUCACCUUACUACUCUCCACCCUCCGUCUCUGUCCCUUCUCUUCCUGCCCCAGCUGUCCCAUCUGUUCGUGCUGCUGGCGGUAGUACUGGGGCUAGUGCUGGGAGUAGUGAUCCACUUGGACUAGGUGGUCUAUUAGGUGGUCUCCUUGGUGGCUUUGGCCUUGGUGGUGGUGGUGGUGGUGGUGGUGGUGGUGGAGGAACUGCUCCAGUUGCAAGUAUCCCAGCUUUGCCUGCUCCAAGUGUGCCAAUUUUGCCGACAAGUCAUUAUUAUCCUACACCUGUUCCGCAGGUCUCGGCUACUUUGCCUGUAGGCGGCGGAGGUCCGGUUGUUUCUGCUACGAUUCCUAUCGGUGGUGGUGGUGUUUCGAUUGGUGGCGGUGCGUCGGCUUCUGCUACUAUUCCUAUUAUAUCUGCUACUCUUCCAGCUGUUGGUGGUGGCUCAGGGUCAAGUGUGGGAUAUAAUGGCGGUGGUGCUAGUGGAAGUAGUGGAAGUGGACCUGGCAUAUCUGUUUCGGUACCUAUUCCAACCGGUGGUAUUUCAGUUGGUGUUGGAACUUCAGAUGCAGUUACUGCUUCACUUCCUGGUGCUACUAUCUCUAUAACUCAACCUGGUGGACCAAUUGUUACUUCUGACCCUGCAUCGAGUGGCUGUCUGGCUAAGGAUAUGUCGACAUAUUCGCUUGUGAUUGCUUCUACUAUUCCUCAGACGACAACUAGCAUCUCGCAUUUCACUGUUCCAGUUGUUGAAACGAUUUCUACAAAUUAUGUGCAGGUCAUCUAUUCGACAGUUACUAUUCCAACUACAGUGUUGAAGACUAGUCAAAGUACUGGAACUACAACAAUUAUUGCUACUUCUAUCGUUACCAGCCUUCAAACCUCUCUUACAGCCGUCUGUCAAGAUGGUGAUCUCCCUGCAGCUCCUACUGGCUCUGUACCAAGUGGAUCUAGUGCCAAUGGUGCCGCGAGCUCAAGUGCACCAGGUGCUACCAUCAGUGUUGGACUUCCAAGUGGUGGGAAUGGAGGAAGCAGUGGAUCUGGAACUCCAACAGGAGGAAGCGGUAGUGGAAAUGGGAAUUAUGGUGGACAUUACUCCAGAGUCUGA